GUAUUUAGUUGCUCGCAGACUCCGGGUGCCACUACUUGUGUGAAACGUGUUGUGGUCGCCGAGUUGCUAUCUAGUCAGAACAAUUUUAUAAGUUGAUUUAAAUGUCCUUAUAAUUAGUAGUCAUUUCGUAAAUAAUUUUCUAUACAAAAUGUGUGCGAUCAAGAUUUUAAUAGCAUGUUUAGUGGUCAGCGCAUCGGCGGCAAAUAAUGGCGUACGCAAUAAGGACUUGAUUGGAUUCCCAGAGGUUGAGGAAAACGUAAACGUGCAGAAUAAAGAGAAUCGCACACCGGUCUACCUCCCAGCGACAUGUCCGUUAAACGAGCUCUACUAUCCGGGAGACCAGAAAGAUGACUGGAUCUGUGACUGCCGGCCAGCCUUCGUGUACCACCCACCAACUGACCAGUGUUGGCCGGCGUUCCAACGCGGCCCAUGCCCCCAGAACGAGUACCUCGUGCUGCCGAGUAACUCGGCAGUCCCCGUCUGCGUCAAGAACCCUUGCGUCAUCGACGGCUACGUCACUUAUAACAAUAACUGUGAAAGGAUCGGCAGCACUAAGCCCUGCGAGCACAUGUUACCUAACGUGGCGGCUGUAGGAGUCAACGCCACGACGCUAGUGGUCAGCUGUGUCAGGCUCAACUUCGAGAGCAGACUCCUCGAUCUGCCAAAAAUCCCCGAUCUAAUCUGCCCUCCUGGUUGCAGGAGGAGUGUCAGCGGAAAAUGUGUUCCUAUCAGUUUUUAAUAAAGUGCUUUUUAGUCUGA